AUGCAAUCUGAUAUGCCCAAAUGGCUGCUGUAUUCUCUGAUUUCCUCGUUUUUAUGUAUAUUAGGUAGCUUCUGUGUUCCACUGCUUUCUUCCUUCACAAGUAAAGAUAGCCGGAGUAACACUAAGUUGCUGAACUAUGGUCUCUCCUUGAGUGCUGGGUCAAUGAUAACCACUGCUUUGUAUAAGAUGUUGCCUCGAACCACAGAUGAAAACAGAUACACUGUGUUUUGCGGUGUAGUAUUGGGUAUUUCUAUUAGCUUAGGUUUAAAUUAUAUCGUGCAUGCUUUUGCCUCCGAAUCUUUAAUUCAUUGCGCUCAUGACGCCAAUGAACAUUCUGACGGCCAUGACGAUCAUCAUUCCGCUCAUAAACGUACCGUUGUGGUCGAUGCUGAUACUACCGGGGUGUAUAAUAGUAUGUCCGCUGUGACAGAGACGGAGCCAUUACUUAGAGCUAAAAGCUUGAAAACAAAGAAGUCUCUGAUAGACAUUAUUUCUCAUAGACACGUAAACGGUAGUUGUUGUACAAAUAACGAUCUAGUGAAAUGUUGUCAAGCCAUGAAAGUAGAUCAUGUCUCCUGCAUACCACCUGAAAUGUCACCUAUAACUGACAACGACGUCAUUUGUACUAUCCCCGCAACAGUUGCUGCCGCAGAAACUGCAACAAACGACAACGAUGCAUACGGAAUUCUUUGUAUGGAAAACUCUAUCGGUUAUGAUUUGGAGAAUUUAUCUCUAUAUCGUAAAAACUUUUUAAAUUCGAAGUUAGCCGUCGAAUCCGAUUCCCUAACUUCCUCUGAUAAUGGACCAGAUGAAACAUUGCAUCACCAUCAUUUGGAGACACCUUUUUCUAAAUUACUAUCGAUUGGUAUGCAGACUUGCUUGGUAUUGACGCUGCAUAAAUUUCCAGAAGGCCUCAUUAUUUAUUAUACAAAUCAUAACGAAGAAAACAGUGCAUUGGGAUUUUCUAUCUUUCUAAGUUUGACAAUCCAUAACUUUGUUGAAGGCUUUGCGAUGACUCUCCCAUUUUCUUCAAUUUUUGAAUCUAAAUGGUUAGCUAUCUUAAUCACAGUUGUUCUAGGUGGUGGAUCUCAACCAUUAGGUGCUCUGAUUGGCUAUUUAAUAUUCAGAAAUAAAGCAGUAGAUGGUGACAAUUUACCUCACAUGGACUUGUUAUUAAGUGUUACCGCAGGCUUCUUACUUGUCAUUUCAUUACAAAUGUUCCAGACGGGUAUCGGUUUCAGCGACAGCCACCAUCAUCAUUCAAGUGACAUAAAUAGCCAUAGUCUCGGUACAAACUGUCUAAAAUGGUGCUGUUUUGGCGUCCUGUUGAUUUUAGCCAGUAAUACCUUGAAACUUUAA